GUCCGGAAUAAACACUCUCAGAGUAUAUAUAUAUUGUGGAAGGUGUGACAGUUCCAAGAAACGAGAAGCCUGAGCAGUUCCAAGUUUCCAACAACUUACGCAAAUACAAUAAUUCGUGUUGAGCGCCAAGUGCCCCAGAACAUAUCCGCUAUUAGCCUAUCGCUGGUUGAGAAUGAGGGCACAAAUCCAAAAGGUACCACAGAUAGUCGAAUUGUUAAAAAAGAACACUGUUGGGUUGCAGCACUUCAAGCCAACAUCUUCAGCGUGCGUCCUGGACCCGAAGGAUGCUGCGGUCGUUGCGCCUUGUCGACAAAGUCUUCCCUCGCAAACUCAGAGCCUUUAUUCGAUACCUGGACCCACCAAUUGGCCCUUAUUUGGCAGUUUGAUAGAACUACUCCGCAAAGGAGGGCUGCAAAGACAACAUGACGCAUUGAUUGAUUACCAUAAGAAAUUCGGCAAGAUUUUCCGGAUGAAACUCGGCUCCUUUGAAUCGGUCCAUAUUGGCGCACCUUGUUUGCUGGAAACGCUCUACAGAAAGGAGAGCGUUUACCCGCAGCGUCUGGAGAUUAAACCCUGGAAAGCAUACCGAGACUUCAGAGACGAGGCGUAUGGACUUCUUAUUCUGGAAGGGAAAGACUGGCAGAGGGUAAGAAGCGCAUUUCAGCAGAAAUUGAUGAAACCCACCGAAGUCGCGAAACUUGAUGGAAAAAUAAAUCAGGUGUUGGCGGAUUUCGUUAGUAGAAUUGGACAAGUGACUGACAAUGGACGAUUUGAGGACUUGUACUUCGAAUUGAAUAAAUGGUCAAUGGAGACCAUUUGCUUAGUGCUCUAUGACAAAAGAUUCGGACUUCUGCAUGACAAAGUCAACGAGGAGGCUAUGGCCUUUAUCAUGUCCAUAAAAACAAUGAUGAGCACAUUUGGGAUGAUGAUGGUCACGCCAGUGGAGCUCCACAAAAAACUGAACACCAAAACCUGGCAGGCCCACACUAUGGCAUGGGACCGUAUAUUCAGCACAGCCAAAGUCUACAUAGACAAGAAGAUAAAGCGCCACACAGAGGCAACGGGGCCCAGUGACGACUUUCUGUGUGACAUCUACCGCCACAGUCACCUGUCCAAGAAGGAGCUGUACGCCGCCAUCACAGAGCUCCAGAUUGGAGGAGUGGAGACGGUAAGGAUCAAAUGUAACAGAGAUAAUCAUGAUAAUCCUUGCUAAUCAUUUAAGCAUCACAACAUUGAAGUGUGAUAGGGCCUCCAGUUUUUUAGGUUAACUGGGAUGACUAACGUGGCUUGAGACCUGACGACUUGCUUUAUGCCUAGGCAUUAGCUUUAGCGGGCUAACAGUCUUGAGACCCGGUUUUGAAUCUCGGUCCUUCAAACAAGGAUAAGGCCAGAUGUAUCAUUCACUUGCACCAGUGCCUAUUUCACUAUUCUAUUUUCCAAACAAUAAGCAGGGAAAACAUGAUACUUAAUCCUUUAUUUUUGUUGACUUUACUCCUUACUUCAUUCCUUACUUUGACCUUUUUGCAUUCCA